AAGACAUAGGUUGACGCCUGCUGAAUCACAAAUUAAAAAAACAAAACAAAACAAGACGCAACGUUCACCUCGAUAUUUAUCCGUUUUGCUGGUUGAUAUUCCAACAUAGCAAAGAAAAAUGUCAGACGAUUUUGAUGUAGAAGCUAUGCUGGAGGCACCAUACAGAAAAGAGAUCUAUAUCCACUGUAAAGCAGUUGAUUCCUACCAUUACAAACUUACAAGGGACAAGGGAUGCUGAUUAUUAACUGCAAUAGUUGGAAAACUGGCUUAACAGAAGUUCAAAGGAAGAAGAACGAGGAAAUGAAGAUCCAGAAUAUGAAAGAAGCACCUCAAAAACCAAAAAGCUGUGGAACAAUAAAGGACACGCACGCAGAAGAAAGACAUGUUUUUAAAAAAAAAAAAAUUGUGCUCUUAAUAUAAUAUGUGUUCAAAUUGUUUAUAGGUAUCUUUGUCAUUUGAGUAACUGAGAAACAUUGAAUUGAAACAAAUGAAUGAUUUGAACCAAGCUUAUCAUGUGAUUGAUUUGAAAGGAAGAAAAGAACAAGAAGUAGAAGUAGGAGCAAGGGACGUGGUGAUCGAGACCGAGAUCGCAAAAGUCAUAGAGAUCGAGACAGGCGUAGGAGCAGAAGUCGAGAAAGGAAAAAGAGUAGAAGCCCUAAAAGAGACAGUCGAAGAUCUGAUCGAGAUAAAUACCGUCCAAGAAGUCGAAGUCCUGAGAGAACUGAGAGAAGAGGUGGAAGUGGUAAAUAUUAUGAUAGUUACAGUUACAGAAAGAGAGAGGAGAGACAGAUGAGUAAAAGUCCACUUCGAGUCAGCACCGUACUGCCAUCUAUAGAUUUAUCUCCGGAAGAGAAGGAUGCCAGGACAGUAUUCUGUAUGCAGUUGUCCGCCAGAAUUAGACCCAGAGAUUUAGAAGAAUUCUUUUCAUCUAUUGGGAAGGUUCGAGAUGUAAGAUUGAUCACAGACAACAAGACAAGACGGUCAAAGGGUAUCGCAUAUAUAGAGUUCAUGAGUACAGAAUCCGUUCCAUUGGCUAUUGGUUUAGCGGGACAGAAAUUACUGGGAGUUCCAAUAAUUGUGCAAGCGUCACAGGCGGAAAAAAAUAGAACAGCCAUUCCAACGAGUAUAAUGACUAAAGGAAUUCAAGGACCUAUGAGAUUAUACGUCGGGUCUCUUCAUUUCAACAUAACUGAAGACAUGUUAAAGGGAAUCUUUCAACCUUUCGGCAAGAUAGAAGAUAUAAAAUUGAUUCGUGAUCAUGAAACCGGAAGAUCACAAGGUUACGGUUUUGUUACAUUUCCAGAAGCAGAAGAUGCCAAAAAAGCAUUGGAACAGUUGAACGGCUUUGAAUUGGCAGGUCGUCCAAUGAAAGUUGGUCAUGUGACAGAAAGAAUGGCUGAGAUGCAAGCGGGAGGUUCUAUGUUAGAUUGUGAAGAAAUGGAUCGAGCCGGAAUAGAUCUCGGAGCAACAGGCAGGUUACAACUUAUGGCUAAACUAGCAGAAGGAACUGGUUUCCAGAUACCCCAGUAUGCAGCGAAUGCUUUAAAUCAAGUGGGUGCUCCAGCCCCAGCUGCUAUGUUGCCAACCACUUUAACAACUCCCCCUCCUCCAGCUGUUCAACAGGCGCCACCCAUAGCUACACAAUGUUUUAUGUUAUCCAACAUGUUCGAUCCUAUCACAGAAUCAAGGAUGAACUGGGAUCAAGAGAUCAGAGAUGAUGUUAUUGAAGAAUGCAGUAAACAUGGCGGAGUUCUACAUAUAUUUGUUGAUAAAGCUUCACCACAAGGAAAUGUUUACGUUAAAAAUCCCACGAUAGCAGCAGCUGUAGCAUCUGUUAGUGCAUUACAUGGCCGAUAUUUUGCAGGACGUAUAAUAACGGCAGCCUAUGUUCCGCUACCUAAUUAUCAUGCGUUGUUUCCCGAAUCUGUACGAGCCAAUCAACUUAUAGUACCAUCUUCACAGGCCUUGCAGGCUUCUUACGCAUCGGGUUUCUCAUCAAUGUCGCAGCCUGUUUUAUAACCCAACACAGCUCCGUGCAAUUUAUAAAAUUUGUGAAUUUAGACAUUUUGUCCCGAGAAAAUUGUGAAUUGUCUGUGUUAUUGCGAUACAUUUUGGGACUAGGUUACAAUGUCUUAUAUUUGUAAGUUCAGGGAGGACAUAACCACACACAAUGAAGACAAAUACAGGGACACUAGAGAUAAUUUACUGUAGCAUAUGGAACGGCUGUAAUAAUUAUCGUUGAUGCUGUUAUCAUUUUCACUGCUGCAUGUGAUGGUCUGGUUAUACCUGUGUUUCAGAAAGACGCUUAAAUAGUGUAUACUUUAAUUGGUGUCUACAAAUGGAGUUACACCAAUUUAGUUCUUCAGGUACACCAAGGGCUUCACUCUACAGUGUUAUUGGGGUCCACAGACUUGCUUUCUGCUUGUAUACUACUUAACCGCCGAUUCCACUAGAGCAAUAAUGCAAAUACAUUUCUUUUAAGCUCUCCCCGUAUAUUUUCUACAUUAGGGCAUCAUGAUAGUAGGGGUGAUGAUUUUUCGUGAUCGCGGAAAAAACGCGGAAAUAGCGGAAUUGUCCACCCAAAACGGAAUUUUGAAAUCUCACACGGAAAAAGACGGAAAAGCCGAUAUUUGCUGAUACUAAACACAAACUCAAAAUAAUUUUGCAGUUAUCCAAGUAUUUCAUCUUUUUAUUCAUAAAAAUCGGAAAUAUUGAAUGAUAUCGCGUGGUUUUGUUACUGUCUAUUUUAGUAUUUCGCUACUUUCAUUUCAUCAUUUAGGAAUCAUAAUUUUAAUUGAAACGAAAACCCGUCUUUCAUGUAUCCCAUUAUAAAAUUACUCUGUAGUUUAACUUGAAUUAAACAUUGUAAUGUAUAUAUAUGUCGUAAAAAAAACUUCUGUCACUUCAUAAAAGUAAAAAUUGUUUCAUUUACUUCUUAUUUUACUGCCGGGCUCGUGACUCGUGUUUAUCCGCAUUAACCACGUGACAUCAGAAAUAUACCGUAGCCUUGUGAAUCCAGCCCUUAUUCUCGAAGAAACGGUAGUAACUACGAAGAUGUCUGGAUAAAUCGCGACUACACCUAGCAGCUGAGAAAAAUGGCUUCGUCUGCUAAAAAGAUGAAACGAGCUCACAAGAUGUAAUUUUCUGUUAUUUAAUUCGGAAACAGGUUUAAAGAAUAACUAGUCAUUGAACAUUACAAGUCAUUCACAAUUCAACAUUUGUUAUCCUUGGUUUAAAAUGAUCCGUUUUGUAAUAAAAGGCAUUUUAAGAUGUUUUAUUCAUUUAUUCAUAAAAUAACAUUUUAUCUCGAAAAAACGGAAUAUGGUCAGCUCUGAAACAGAAAAUAACGGAAUUAAAAAUACUUAAAACGGAAUUUGCUAUUUUCUGAAACGGAAAAUCAUCACCCCUAUGAUAGCACUGGUGUUGAUGUUCCUGGACUUCCUCCUUGUUCUAGUGAGAACCAAAUGCGACCAUUUAUUAAAGUUUCACAAUAAAAAUGUUUGAACUUGGCUGCCAUGUAGUGAACAAUGCUAUAUUGAUGCUCUGGUGUAUUUUCCUGAUUAAUAUUUUAUUUUUGCAAACAACUUCCAACAUAAUCUUCAACAUGACAAAGAAUUUUAAUUCUGCUGAAAUUAUGACAAUCAUUUUGCUAAAACAUUAGGGUUAAAAUAACGAUAAUUUGUUGUCGUAUUCGCCUACCUAUUUCUGCGGAAUCACACAUCCCUGAUGUCUAAUCCUUGAGUGGCAUUUAGUGAUUUGAGCACAUUAAAAAACACAACACAAUUUAUAUGGAAAACAAUCACUGGUUUAUACACAUAUAGCAGAACUGGGUGUAAAAAAAAAAGAAUUUUGUAAAGCUUACUUUUUAGGUUGCAUUCAAAUACUGCACCGACUGGGCUAAUAAAGAUGGCCAUACACCAUAUACAUGUACAUGUAGUGUCCCAUGACGGAAAUUUGGCCCAGACAGCGGCAUUACAGUCUACUCUUAUGAAUUACAACUGUCAAGGGUUCUUUUACGUGCAAGCCUGUGUGUACACGGGACCUCAGCUUUUUGUCCAAACCAAGCAAAUUAGAAUGGGCAGGGACAUUUAACACUACGGGAUAAAAUUAGUUUUUAAAGAAAUUUAAUUCACAAACAUUUAUGAUUGUUGGUCUUGAAGGCAAGCCUCAAAUGGUUAAAAAUUGAUUGAGUUGAAGUUAAUUUCACAUUUUUUAAAGUUUAAAGUUUAUUAUAGGAGAAAACAUUCUCGUGUUAUCGUGUUCUGUUAAGAUACAAUGGGGAUGGUUGAUUGUGAGUAGAAUCGUGACGUAAUGAAAAUUAACAAGAAUAUGUCUUGGCUGUCAUGGUCGGUUGAUAUAUAUAUUUAUUCUUAUGCAAUCGACACGAGCACUACAACCCCAAAUCCCCCUUUUUACUGGCUUGUCACUGAGAAUUCAAUUUUGGAACGUUCAGUCGAGUAUCCCCAAUUUCUGAUUCUGUUAGAAAGUUUGUUUUUAAGUUGCUGAUAUAUGUUUUAAUGUAUGUAAAUAAAUAUCAUGUUUUCAAACUUCAGUCUUCAUUUGUAAAAAAAAAAUAAAAAUAAAAUGAUUAUGGAGUUUGUCAAACAUUAUUGUAUAUAUUAUGAAUCAUUAUAUCCAUGCAUAGUUUGCGAAAUAGAUUAAGGGCUGGUUACACUCUUAUUUGAGUAGUUUGUGAAGUAGAUUAAGGGCUGUUGACAUUUUCUUUGACUUUAGUGUACUUUGUUUCAGGGGUUUAGUUUCAGUCAUAUUUACCAGUCCUGAUGGUAAAAUUGACCUGAUACAAGUCAUUAUUCAUAUAGAAUUCGAAUUCAAAAAAUGAAACAAGUAAAAAAAAUGUAUGGUUUUUAUGUGGGAAGAAAACCAAUAAAAAUCUAUUUAGAAAUUGAGAUAAUAAUCUUAUAAUAUAUGGUUUAUAUGUGAAAAAAUAAACCAAUAAAAAUAUAUUUAGAUAUUGCUCAAAAUUGUCAUUAUUUGGGAAAAAAAUAUUCAAACAAAUAAGUAAAACCUUGGCAGAAUUUUGAAGUAAAUCUUGAAUAAAUUUAAAAUUGCGAUAUAAUGACUUUGUGUAAAGUAUGAAAGAAUUUUGUAUUUAGCCCUAAAGUGGAUUGUAAAUGUACAUGGCCCUUAAAUGGAUUGUAAAUUUACACAGCCCUUGAAUGGGUUGUAAAUGUACACAGCCGUUGAAUGUGUUGUAAAUGUACACAGCCGUUGAAUGGGUUGUAAAGUUGAAUGGGUUGUAAAUGUAUACAUCCCUUCUUCGUGACCAGAUAUAAAUACUGUAAAUAAAGGAAAUACCAAUAGAAAUAA